GCCAGGGCGCGCGUGUUCCACUGGUCGUUUCAAUGCAAAGCGCAUCGCAUUCCGCUGGUCGUUACGGGGCGACUACACCGGGCGAGUGCAACACCAGUGCAACUCUGCCUGCACGGAGAAAAUCGGCGGUGGAGACCGGAACACGGGAGUGCGCCCGCUUCCGGACGGUCCCUCCUCCUCUUUCGAAUGAACAUGGCGGACGAAAUGGAAGUGGUUUUCGGUCUCGUUGAGGAUUCCGAAAGCAGUGACAGCAGCAGAGAUAGCAGUAGUAGCGAAGGAGGAUCGGCGUAUUUGAACGCCUUCGAAACUUUCUUUUCCCUUCCUCUGAUGCGACCGAAGAUUGGAAACUUCAUCGACGACACCGUGCAUCGGUACUCGGACAAUGAGUUCAGGAGAAACUUUCGGCUGAGCCGAGAUGUGUGCGACACACUGGUGCGCGGGUUUGCGGCAUCCCCCUACAACCCUGCAGGCAAUCGAGGCGGAUCACCGCCGAAGUCACCAGAGGAACAUGUCCUCGCAUUUCUCUGGUAUGCUGGUAACAAAUGCUGCAUCAGAGACGUCGCUGGACGUUUCAACGUGGGUUAGACUACUAUGCAUCGGAUAAUUGGGAGGGUUGUCUCUUUCCUGCUUGACAAAGCCGGACACGUCAUAAAGUUCCCCAGCGACCUAGAUGCACUUGCAAGAGAUUUUCAGGAGG